GCGUGGCCUCUGCCUCUUCCUGCUCGCGCGGCUUCCUGUCUGCCCGGGCUCAGAGCGGCUCCGCUCGCCAUAUUGUUUGCUUUCCAGUCAGCGGAGCACGAAGCGAAACCGUCUGCUUUGUGAUCCACCUCAUUGCUGGCCUGCUGCCAACUCCUUGCCUCCAUCAGGGACCCUGACCCUCUUAUUCCCUGUGAUCUGAUCCGUGGUCAGGAUGAGUUCCUCACCCUCAGAAGAGGCAAACGCCUGGAGUUCCCUUCACUCUGAGGAGCCCAGUGACUCCAUCUACCGGUUUGUCUAUACCUGCACUGAGUGCAAGGAACAAGUGGACACACACUGGCGCUGCACAGUCUGCCAGGAGUAUAUCCUGUGUGUCUCCUGCUAUCCCAAGAAAAGCCAUGACCACCCAAUGGAGAAACUGGGACUUGGCUUGGAUGAUGAGACCAGCAAGGAGCAGGGUGGGGCCUCGCAGAACCCUGGAGAAACUUGCUGCCUGAGCAUCCAGCGCAACAUCCAGUCCCUGCUCCACGCCUGCCAGUGCCGCAAUGCCAACUGCUCCCUGCCCUCCUGCAAGAAGAUGAAACGGGUUAUCCAGCACACCAAGGGCUGCAAACGGAAGAACAGUGCUGGGUGUGCUGUCUGCAAGCAGCUUGUUGCCCUCUGCUGGUAUCAUGCCAGGAACUGCCCAGAGGACAACAGUUGCUUUGUGCCCUACUGCUUCACCAUCAAGCAGAAGCUCCAGCAACCACAGCUGCAGCUCCGCAUCCAGCAGGCCCUGAUGCUGCGCAGGAUGACAGCCAGCACUGAUCCAGACCCUCUGGUCCCCUGCGAUCUGAAUGAUGCUCAGGAAGCGGGGAUGAGCGCUCGAGGCUCUUUUCACUGUGAGCCCAGUGGCCUACCCCCUGUGCCACGGAGGAGCACCCGCAAUGUUCCCUACACCUGCAGUGAGUGCAGACAGGAAGUGGAGACUCGCUGGAGCUGCACUGUCUGCCAGGAGUACGUCUUGUGUGUCUCCUGCUAUCACACUAAAAACCACAUCCACAAGAUGGAUAAAGUAGGUCCUGGCAUAGAAGGUGAGAGCAGCAACCAGCAGGCUGGUGCCAUCCAGAACCCGCGAGAUAUUCACCGCCAAAGGAUCCAGCGUAGCAUCCAAUCCCUGAUCCAUGCCCGCCAGUGUCGUGAUGCCAGCUGCACCCUGCCAACCUGCAAGAAGAUGAAGAGAGUUGUGGAACAUACCAAGAACUGCCGGCGAAAGGCGAUUGGUGGGUGCCCCGUCUGUAGGCAGCUCAUUGCCCUUUGCUGCUACCAUGCCAAGCGUUGCCAGGAGAACAACUGUCCUGUGCCAUUCUGCUUCAGGAUCAAGCAAAAGCUGCGGCAGCAGCGGCUGCAGCGCCAGCGGUCCAGGAUGGUGCGCAGGAGGAUGGCCAGCAUGUAGCUUAUCUGUGUAGUGGGCCAGCAACAGGGCCUGCCUUCCCCAACCCCUGCCUCUCCAACCACUCCAACCUUGCCAACCACAGAACAGCUAAAAACCCCUCAGAUGUCCCAUCUCACCCCUUCCGGAAACAUCCCUGGCCACCCUCCAGGCUCUACACUGACUGUUUGGCCACCCUUGCUAGCGCCCCCAUCUACAGAGUAAAAGUGGCCUUGCAGAUUCAGAGAGCAGCCAAGACACUGUGUAAAUUGUACAGAGGCCAAUCCAGCACCAGGUGCCCCAGAUGACUCCUUUGUGUAUGAACCCAUUUCCCAUGCCAGAGAUCCCAGGGGGCAUCUGGAGCCAGGGAUGGGGCCCACGGCAAUGCAGCAGCAGCUCCCCUGGGCCCAAGAGGGACUGCCUCAGCCCUAGCAACUCCAGUCGGGGAUGACGUCAGUGGCUCAGCACGGGCAGUCCUUGAAUGUGGCUCCACAGCCAGUGGGCCAGCCCACUCAUGCUGGGCACUGUCUCAAUAAGCCUUAUAAAAGCUGUGGACUCUUGGACCUCUUAGCUGUCCCCUACAGCAGCAACCCUUGUGCCCUCCCCAAGCUGUUGGCUGCAUUCAUGAAACAGCGGGCUGUCGAGUAUACCAACUCAUCCACAGCUUCUCCCUGGACAGCCAGGGCUGCAGCUGCCAGCCAUGCAGAGGGUCCACUUCAGGUCAGCCACGCAGAACAUGAAUCCAUGCAGGCAGGCGUGCAUAGGGCUAGCCUGGGCCAACAGCUGCCUCGGCAGUCACUCGAGCCACCUAUGGGAGGGAUGAGCCCCCCAGAGGCAGCCAAUGAACAUGAAUCACAGCAGCGUGUCUUCCCUAUUCUGGGACGUGUUGAGACCACAGCAGAUGAUGCAGCAGCAGCGGGCGCAGCAUCACGUGCAGUAGAUGCAACAAGGGAACAGAUGGGCCGGCUCCCCCAAGCCUUGGGAGCAGAGGCGGGAGACAGUCUGCAGGCCUAUCCGCAGUGACUCCUCUAGCAGCAGGUGGGGUCCCCUGCUCAGCUGAACCUCAUGCGCCCCCAGCAGCCACGUUCCCAAAGCAGGUCCAGUCCCCACACCUCCAAGGCGAUCCCCAGUUCUCAUUCCAGUCACAUGUGGUCCCGCAAUCCUAUCCCUUUCCCAAGGCCUCCAUCCCAGCCUGUCCCUAACCCCGAGGAUGCAGCCUCAGUCUUCUCCACACCAUGUUUCCCACAGACCAGUUCCCUACAUCUUGGACUGACUGCUGCCCAGGCUGCCAACCCCAUGGAACAAGGGCAUUUUGCCCGCCCAGACUAGAAUCUGAUGAGCUUUCAGCUCGCUAGCCAUCCAGGCACGGCAAACCAUGGUACAAGCAUCGUGGACCUGGGACUCGGCACCGAUAGCUCAGAUUGAAUUCGGACCUCUCACGGAGUACGCCAGACAUGUAACACACCUGGUGGUACUUUGGGAGCAGAGAAAAAUUAUUUUCUCUUAAGACUUUUUGAACUGAACGAAGUUUUUUGGAAUCUUUCUUAGCCUAUGAAACAGUUUUUCCUUAGAACACCUAAGAACUGUGCAGUAGUCAUUUGUGGAGGUUAUUUCUGAUUUGGCUUCAUUUCAUUUGCAUUAUUGGGGAAUGAACCCAGGGUCAUUGCACUGAGCUAUAUCCCCAGUCCAGUUAAAACCUUUUGUAGCCAGGUCUCAGUCACUGAGAAGUUGCCCAAGCUGGGCUUGAACUCCAUGGUCGUCCUCCCUCAGCCUCCCAGGUGCUGGGAUUCAUGCGUGGGCCACCGUGCGCAGUGCCAUUUGGGGUUUCAAGUGAAGGUGCCAGGUGAGCCUGAGGAUGACAGCACACUAAGAACAGACCCUGCUGUGCUUGCCCAGCCGACCUUCGCUGUGCGCGUGUGGUUCGAGCGCGCUGGGGGGAGGCUGAGGGCGGAGGCCCCGGUAUGCUCCUGCCUUGCACCUCCAGUAGGUUUUACUAGUUUUUUAAAAUUAAGGAAAAUGUGUAAUAUCAGUAGUUACUAUUUACUGGUUCAGAAGUGAAAAUUUUUCCUUAUUUUCUUCACUUUAUGGAAGAAUUUUUAAGAUUCUAAAACCAAAGUACAGCAGGGGUUCAUGUUACUUAAAAAAUAUGUUCCACGUACAUAAGUAUAUUAAAAUGGCAGUUUCUCCCCGAGUGCUAAAAUACUCAUUUUUUAAAAAAAUUUUUGGUGAGAUGGUCUGGGAAAAAACUUUCCCGUUUGGUCUGAGUCAACUUUAAUGCUCCAGAAAAUUUUCUAUAAGUCUGAAAAUAAAACUUCAAGUAUUAAAAUAAUCUGUGGGUGUGAGAGGGAAAUGACUUUUUCAAAAUAGGAGCAACUGCCCAGUUGACGUAUUAUAAAUUGUGACUUCUUACAGAAAAAUUUUUGUUAGACAUCUCAUAAAGGAAAAAUGAAAAAGUGAGAAGUCACCCAGUGUGAUUAUCAGAACAUGCAAGGUCUCCCUGUUUUGGUUCUUCUGCCACACACAGUCUCGCUUUCUGUAAAAAAGUGUAAACCUUGCAGUUAAAGUUGAUGACCUGUAGAUACAAGCUUGGGAUCGCUGUAUAGCCUGUCCAGUUCGAUUUCUUAUUACCUGUCGUUGAAUAAACUGUGAGACACCGA